GAGAAUCGAGGACGGCCGGCCUAGCCAGGCCAAGAAUGCUUUUGCCCCGGUGGUGGGAGCUGGGAGACCCCUGUGCUUGGACUGGACAGGGUCGGGGGACACGCAGGAUGAGCCCCGCGACCACUGGCACAUUCUUGCUGACAGUAGAAUAUGAAAAGAGAUAAAUGAAGAGUGGACAGAGAAAGAUUUGACGGUUUGCUUCUAAGCUUUUUUAUUAAGCUGGGCUGAUGACAUAAAUGGAACAGUUAACUGGAAGACCAAACAGGCCAACAGUUUUAUUAUCAGCAGAAAAAUGGCUGCUGGGAAGAAAGAUGUGUACACUAUCUUCUCGAAGGUGCACUCUGAUCGGAAUGUAUACCCAUCUGCAGGUGUCCUCUUUGUUCAUGUUUUGGAAAGAGAAUAUUUUAAGGGGGAAUUUCCACCUUACCCAAAACCUGGGGAGAUUAGUAAUGAUCCCAUAACGUUCAAUACAAAUUUAAUGGGUUACCCAGAUCGACCUGGAUGGCUUCGAUAUAUCCAAAGAACUCCAUAUAGUGAUGGAGUCCUAUAUGGUUCUCCAACAGCUGAAAAUGUGGGGAAACCAACUAUCAUUGAGAUAACUGCCUACAAUAGGCGCACCUUUGAGACUGCAAGGCAUAAUUUGAUAAUUAAUAUAAUGUCAGCAGAAGACUUCCCGUUGCCGUAUCAAGCAGAAUUCUUCAUUAAAAAUAUGAAUGUGGAAGAAAUGUUGGCCAGUGAGGUUCUUGGAGACUUUCUGGGGGCAGUGAAGAAUGUGUGGCAGCCUGAGCGCCUGAAUGCUAUAAACAUCACGUCGGCCCUAGACAGGGGCGGCAGGGUGCCGCUUCCCAUUAAUGACAUGAAGGAGGGUGUUUAUGUCAUGGUUGGUGCCGAUGUCCCAUUUUCUUCUUGUUUACGAGAAGUUGAAAAUCCACAGAAUCAAUUGAGAUGCAGUCAAGAAAUGGAGCCUGUAAUAACAUGUGAUAAAAAAUUUCGUACUCAAUUUUACAUUGACUGGUGCAAAAUUUCAUUGGUUGAUAAAACAAAGCAAGUGUCCACUUAUCAGGAAGUGAUUCGUGGAGAGGGGAUUUUGCCUGAUGGUGGAGAGUACAAACCCCCUUCUGAUUCUUUGAAAAGCAGAGACUAUUACACGGAUUUCCUAAUUACACUGGCUGUGCCCUCGGCAGUAGCACUGGUCCUUUUUCUAAUACUUGCUUAUAUCAUGUGCUGCCGACGGGAAGGCGUGGAAAAGAGAAACAUGCAAACACCAGACAUCCAAUUGGUCCAUCAUAGUGCUAUUCAGAAAUCUACAAAGGAGCUACGAGAUAUGUCCAAGAACAGAGAGAUAGCAUGGCCCCUGUCGACACUUCCUGUGUUUCACCCCGUAACUGGGGAGAUCAUUCCUCCUCUACACACAGACAGCUACGAUAGCACGAAUAUGCCCCUGAUGCAAACACAGCAGAACUUGCCACACCAGACUCAGAUUCCCCAGCAGCAGACUACAGGUAAAUGGUAUCCCUGAAGAAAGAAAACUGACUGAAGCAAUGAAUUUAUAAUCACACAGUUAUAGCAGUUGCAUCUUAUUUGUCUUUUCUUCCAAUAAUGCAUGAGCUUUUCUGGCAUAUGGUGUGCAUGUUGACAGUAUUAAUUAUGUACCAAAUAAUACAAUAUAACUUUGGUUUUACUAAUGUAUUUUUUUUGUACUUAAAUCAUUUUUGACAAUUUGUAAGACAUUGAUGACUUUAUAUUUGUUACAAUAAAAAGUGAUCUUUAAAAUAAACAUUAAUGGAGCCUAA